CGGCCUGGGGAGGGUGGAGUAUUGGCUGGAGAGUUUGUGAAAAGUUCUGAGAAGAGCAGGAGGAAGUGGGCACCAGUUGUGCUGCACCGGAGGCCGGGGAGCGAGGGGUCUCAAGUGACCCCUGGGAAACUCCGGUGUCAGGAAGGAGCUGAGCGCCUACAUGAAAGGAGGGACUUUCUCGGAAGUUCGCCCCUACCUGAGCCGGGAACUCCAGCUUCAGGAUCCGCUGCACUCCCCCCGCGUGCUGGCUCGGUGGCCGCGUCUACACACGACCCCUGAGGAUCCGGAUGGCCGUGAGGUGGACAUGGGCAGGCAAAAGCUGCCUGCUGCUGGCGCUUUUAACACUGGCUUAUAUUCUGGUGGAGUUCUCAGUCUCCACUUUGUAUGCCUCCUCGGGAGCUGACCGUGCCAGGGAGCUGGGGCCAAGGAGGCUCUCAGAUCAUGAGACAAGGGAAGAGGAUUUGUCUCAGCCUCUUUAUAAAAAGCCCCCUGCAGAUUCCCAUGCUCUUGGGGAAUGGGGGAGAGCAAGCAAACUCCAGCUCAAUGAGGGUGAACUGAAGCAGCAAGAAGAACUCAUUGAGAGAUACGCCAUCAACAUUUACCUCAGUGACAGGAUCUCCCUGCACCGCCACAUAGAGGAUAAAAGAAUGUAUGAGUGUAAAGCCAAGAAGUUCCACUACAGGUCGCUCCCCACCACCUCCGUUAUCAUAGCCUUUUAUAAUGAAGCCUGGUCCACUCUGCUUCGAACCAUUCACAGUGUUCUAGAAACUUCUCCAGCUGUGCUUUUAAAGGAGAUCAUCUUGGUGGAUGACUUAAGUGACAGAAUUUAUCUGAAGGCUCAACUUGAAGCUUAUAUCAGCAACCUCGAUAGAGUUCGCUUGAUUAGAACCCAUAAGAGAGAGGGGCUGGUCCGGGCCCGUCUGAUUGGGGCCACUUUUGCCACCGGGGAUGUCCUCACUUUCCUGGAUUGUCACUGUGAGUGUAACACUGGUUGGUUGGAACCGCUUUUGGAAAGGAUCAGUAGCGAUGAAACAGCAAUUGUAUGUCCUGUCAUUGACACCAUCGACUGGAAUACUUUCGAAUUCUAUAUGCAGACCGGGGAGCCCAUGAUUGGUGGUUUUGACUGGCGUUUGACCUUCCAGUGGCAUUCUGUCCCCAAACAUGAAAGGGACAGGCGGACAUCAAGAAUUGACCCCAUCAGGUCACCCACCAUGGCAGGAGGCCUGUUUGCUGUCAGCAAGAAGUAUUUUCAGUACCUGGGAACGUAUGACACUGGCAUGGAAGUCUGGGGAGGUGAAAACCUUGAGCUGUCUUUCAGGGUUUGGCAGUGCGGCGGCAAGCUGGAGAUCCACCCAUGUUCUCACGUGGGCCACGUGUUUCCCAAGCGGGCGCCCUACGCUCGCCCCAACUUCCUGCAGAACACCGCUAGGGCGGCGGAAGUGUGGAUGGAUGACUACAAAGAGCAUUUCUAUAACCUGGAACCCCCGCUCGAAAAAGAGACCUAUGGCGAUAUUUCUGAAAGGAAGUUACUGAGGGAACGGCUGCAAUGUAAGAGCUUCGACUGGUAUUUGAAAAACGUGUUCUCUAACUUACACGUUCCGGAGGAUAGACCUGGCUGGCACGGAGCCAUCCGCAGUAUGGGCAUCUCUUCAGAGUGUUUAGAUUAUAAUGCGCCGGACAACAACCCUACCGGUGCUAACCUUUCGCUGUUUGGAUGCCACGGUCAAGGGGGCAAUCAGUUCUUUGAAUAUACUUCAAACAAGGAAAUCAGAUUUAAUUCCGUGACGGAAUUAUGUGCAGAGGUCCCCCAACAAAAGGAUUAUGUAGGGAUGCAAAACUGCCCCAAAGAUGGGCUCCCCAUUCCAGUUAACAUCAUUUGGCAUUUUAAAGAAGACGGGACGAUUUUUCACCCUCACACAAGACUGUGUCUUAGUGCUUACCGGACAGCCGACGGCCGACCUAGCGUACAGAUGAAAACUUGUGAUGCCCUUGAUAAAAACCAGAUCUGGAGGUUCGAGAAAUAGACAAGCAGAAGAGCUUUUUGGGGCUGACUGUAGCCUCUGGAAAGUCACCCUGCCCAGUGAUGAUUGUACUUUUACCAGAAGUCACCUGGCAGCUGUCUGUAAGAACACUGGAAAGCCAUGGUUCAUCUGGGGAUAUCUCUCUGAAGCUGGGUACACAGAGCACUGCUGCUCAAUAUCUCAAAGUGCCUUCUUUGCUCUCGGGUUUUAUUUAAAAGCUUUGUCGAUAUGGUCUUCUGCAACUCCUUAAGGAAAGCUGCUGUGAACUGGGAUGCACAGAACACUUAAGUGUGGGCUGAGGGUGGAGCUUAGCAGUAGAAUGCUUAGCUAACGUGUGUAAGACCCUGAGUCCGACCCACUGCACCACAAAAUACGUGCAAGGCUUAAUAUUUAGAACAUAAAAGUCCAGGCAACAUGGGGUGAGAUUCGUUCUGAUUGGUAAAUUCAUUGCAUGAACUUUUUUUUUUUUAAUCAAAACAUGUGAAUGUGUAAUUAGAGCUAUUACUUUUUGAUUAUACCCUUUUAGUAAGCAUAUUAAAUUUUAGGUUUCUAAAAAAACUACUUGUCUUUGAUGAAAUAAAAGCUGAAGAAAUUUGAUCUUGAGGAAAAGGCCUGGGGUUGAUAUUUCACUGGAAGAGGGUCCUGGUCCGAAUGCAAGUUUGGAGGUUUUUAUUUUAUUUUAUUUUAUUUUAUUUUAUUUUAUUUUAUUUUAUUUUAUUUGAGAUAGAUCUUAUGCAUUCCAGGCUGGGCUUGAAAUCCUGAGUCUUGUAUCCACCUCUCACGUACUAGGAUUCCAGGCGUGUGCCUCCACAGCUGGUUCAGAGGUCCUUUUUGACAGACAGAUAUCUCAGAAAGACAGUGAGACCUUCACCUUCUGUUCUUUGUGACCGAGAGCUGUUGGACUGAACUGACCUAUAGCCUAAUACCUCACAUCACUCUGCUCUGUAAGCUGCACUCUCUGUGAACUUGUUUGUAAGUAAUAGGGCAUUUUCCCAUUGCACCUCCUCAGGUUAUGAAUGUGCUAGAAUGAAGCUCAUUCAGGAGACUGCCCCUCCCUUUGUUAAUGCCUGAUCAUUUGAAGUAAACACAACUUCCGCCUCCCUGAAGCUAAGCACCAAUGCAGUACUGAAAUGUGUAAACUGAAAGUGGGCCCAGUUCUGCAGAGUGUUCAACUCCCCCCAGAGUUCACGCUGACCCAGAAAUUUAGAGGCUUCAUCUUAAGAUUGCAAGUGGGAAAAAAGGCUGCUGUGGUCAUUGUUGAUUGGUGCCUUGAAGCUCCUCGAAGGCACAAGGCAGCCUGGCACUUGGGCAGCUGAACAUAGGUAGCGCCAAACAGCUGGACAGUGUUCAGUUUGGAAGAUGGAAAAUUGAUUUGUAAACUUAGGUGAGCUGAGCUCACCUGAAGUGGUGUGUUUCUCAGAGGAUAUUAUUAGAGUUGGUUUUAUAGUCAUUUUAUUUUGACAAUUCUUCAACUGCUUUUGCUUUUUAAAAGUUUUAAACUUUCAAAGCAGUUCUUUGACUAAGAAUAUAAAUAUUUCCCAAACUAAAUUAUUUCCGAAGUUCACCUGCCUUGCCUCAUUUUUACAGUUCCCUACUAACAUUUUAUCCAGAAAGCGCAGGCCAAAUUCGGGAGUGAGUCUCAGUUUCUUGACUCUGAUAUGAAAAAUGCAUGCUUCAUAGAGAACCAGCCCGCAGGAAUUCAUAAGAAAAAUUGUUUUCAGUGUUCACUUGACAGUUCAGCUGGAGAAGGGGAAUUUUGUAAACUCUGAAUUUAAGUAAAUUGUUUAGUGUGACCAUUGCAAAACAUUAAAGUUUGUGUGUACUUAU